CCCCGGAUUGAUUACAAAAGUGAAAUAGGGAAACAUGCCGAAAGCCCCCAAGACAAAAAAAGAGGACACUAACAAGACGACUUUGUUUCCUGUCUUGAAGCAAAAGAACUUUCUCGAGUUGACCGAAGUUGAACCUGACCAGAUCUAUGUGAUCAACAAGUUCUUUACUGAAAAAGAAUGUCAGUCUGUCAUUGCGUUUUUUGAGACAAACUUGCCGCCUAAAGAAAGUCUAGGUGGUAAACCUAAAAAGGGUUAUGCUUUUCGCAACAAUGACCGACAAGCCCUCGAAGACCCAAAAAUAGCACAACUUUUGUGGCAGGGAAUGGAGCAGAUAGUACUCGAUUCACCCAUGGCUCAAUGGAACAGAACACCCAAGGGAUUAAAUUCAAACAUUCGAGUUUAUCGCUAUCGAAAGGGACAUUCUUUUGCUUCUCAUUAUGAUGAAAGUGUUCAAGACAAGACUACAGGACUCUGGACUGAUUGGACUUUAUUGAUCUAUUUGAAUGAGGACAUGGAAGGGGGCGAGACUGUGUUUUAUAGAGAGAGUAGCCCCAACAAUCGAAAGCCGGAUCCAAUCGUCAUCAAACCAAAGAAGGGAAUGGCCUUAUUUCAUCGCCAUGGUACACAUUGCUUGCUACACGAAGCUAUGGAAGUUGUGAAUGGAAACAAAUGGGUGCUAAGAAGUGAUGUGCUUAUAGGCUAACAAUCAUUGUUACAUCCAUUGACCCUAUAUAUCCUAAUUAAAAAUCGAGUCAGAAGAUCAUACAUUGAAUUUGACCAAAAAGAAAAAAAAAACAAAACCCUACUUUCCCUCUAUCAAUAUGUAUUUUCUAUUGUUCUCACUCACAAUAAACGAUGCACCGGAAUUCCAUGACCUUGAUACAUUGCAUGUAGAAUAGGAGAUAGUACAAAAAACAUAAGAAAAAGAUGAGGCUAUGCGCGAUACUAGAGAUUAAAAAAGAAGCCAGUUCCAUUAUCGCGUAACCAUAACAACGAAGAAUAGGUAUCACUACUUUAAAUUGACUACGGCAACCUUGGUUACUAAGUUGCUAAGGAGAAAACCUUAUUUAUAUUUAUAAAGUGCACGUACUCUAUAAACA